GUGUGAUUAUAUUUAUUUUGAAACAUUUUUUAUAUAAAAUAAGCUGAAAUUGUGUUUCAAUUAAACAGUUGUUUCAGAAACAUUGCGGUGUUUAAACGUUAAUAUUUAAAUAAAGAAAUUUGGUGAUUUAAGAAAAUAAAUUCUAAACAAAAUGAAAUUCGCCAUUGUAAUCUGUGCUUUGUGCUCCUUGAUUGCUGUCAAUGAGGCAGCCAUUGCCAUGGCCAGAUUUAAUAAUCCAACUUAUCCCGGUAAAUGUACCAUUGAUGAAAACCUUAUCUUGUCGCCUGGCCAGAAGGGCAAAGCACCCAAUAAUCCCUGUGCUGGUAUAACCUGUAUGGAGAAUGGUUAUGCCGAAUUUAGAACCUGUCCCGCUGUGGCACCACCAAAGGGCUGUAAACUACGUGACUUUGUUAAUACCAAUCGUCAUUAUCCCGAGUGCUGUGAGCGUAAAUAUGAUUGUACUAAAUUGAUUUAAAAACAAACUGCUGCUGAAGCCCACAACAUAAACAUCAUAAAAAGCAGCUGUUAAAAGCCUGACAUCAUGACGUAUCAUUUCAUCUCAUUUUAUUUUAAACAACAAAAAUAACUUAAAACAUAAAGCUGAAACAAAACUCUAAAAGGAAGGUGUGUCUAUGGCUUGUGCCUUGGUCA